AUGAUCUCUUGGACGCCGCCUCCUCCCGAGUGGGUAACUCUCAACUCUGACGGCUCCGUCAUUUCUGAGUCAGGCCACGCGGCUGCUGGUGGCCUGAUUAGAGAUCACACUGGGCGCUGCUAUGCGGCGUUCGCUAUGAAACUCGGGAUUUGCUCUGUUACCCGAGCUGAGUUGAGAGCCGUUGUAGAGGGACUUCAGCUGGCCUGGGAUCUUGGCUUCCGCUGGGUCAAAGUUCAACUUGACUCAAAAUGUGCCCUUCAGAUUCUCCAGUGCCCCCAUCGUGAGGAUAAUAGGCACUCAGCAGUAGUAGCUCGAUUCCAGGCGCUUAUUGGAAGAAAUUGGGAGGUUUUCGUCUCCCAUGUCUACAGAGAGAGCAACAAGUGUGCUGAUUAUUUAGCUAGUCGAGGGCAUCACUUGCCGUUGGGCUUCAGUUCUUUUCCCGUUGAUGACCCCACCCUUGUAUACUGGAUUUUGUAUGACCGUCAGGGGCUUUCCGAACCCCGUCUGGUUUUGAAUGAAGGCUGA